CGUAUGAAGCUGAAAAAGUUCCUGGAGUGCAAAUGAGAGAAGAAAUUAUCAAAGUUGGAAAGCUUGAUGUUACUGACUACGAGAAAACCCAAAAGGAUUCAGAAAGAACUUACGUUGAGCGGUUGAGAAAAGAUCAGAAGCCCAGAUAUGAUAAGAAAAAGGAAGAAAGAAUUGAUCAUUAUCGUCCGCAAGGCGAAGAAUUUGACAAAGCCUAUACCUACGACUAUAAAUCUCGAACAGAUGAUACUGAAAUCACUCAGCAACGCGUAACUGCUGAGAAGAUUACUGUCAGCAGAGAAGAUAUAGCUCAAAUAGAGGAAACAGAAAAACCACGAUAUCCCAAAGAUCUUGAUAUUGGACGUAUUGUGAUUGAAGAAGCUCCAGAGGAAAAAGAAGAAAUAUUGAAACGUGACGUUGUUAAGAAAGAUGAGGUGAAGCCAAGGCGUGAGGAUAUGAAAACUCCGUAUAAAGCUGAAAAAGUUCCUGGAGUGCAAAUGAGAGAAGAAAUUAUCAAAGUUGGAAAGCUUGAUGUUACUGACUACGAGAAAACCCAAAAGGAUUCAGAAAGAACUUACGUUGAGCGGUUGAGAAAAGACCAGAAGCCCAGAUAUGAUAAGAAAAAGGAAGAAAGAAUUGAUCAUUAUCGUCCGCAAGGCGAAGAAUUUGACAAAGCCUAUACCUACGACUAUAAAUCUCGAACAGAUGACACUGAAAUCACUCAGCAACGCGUAACUGCUGAGAAGAUUACUGUCAGCAGAGAAGAUAUAACUCAAAUAGAGGAAACAGAAAAACCACGAUAUCCCAAAGAUCUUGAUAUUGGACGUAUUGUGAUUGAAGAAGCUCCAGAGGAAAAAGAAGAAAUAUUGAAACGUGACGUUGUUAGGAGAGAUGAGGUGAAGCCAAGACGUGAGGAUAUGAAAACUCCGUAUGAAGCUGAAAAAGUUCCUGGAGUGCAAAUGAGAGAAGAAAUUAUCAAAGUUGGAAAGCUUGAUGUUACUGACUACGAGAAAACCCAAAAGGAUUCAGAAAGAACUUACGUUGAGCGGUUGAGAAAAGAUCAGAAGCCCAGAUAUGAUAAGAAAAAGGAAGAAAGAAUUGAUCAUUAUCGUCCGCAAGGCGAAGAAUUUGACAAAGCCUAUACCUACGACUAAAUCUCGAACAGAUGAUACUGAAAUCACUCAGCAACGCGUAACUGCUGAGAAGAUUACUGUCAGCAGAGAAGAUAUAGCUCAAAUAGAGGAAACAGAAAAACCACGAUAUCCCAAAGAUCUUGAUAUUGGACGUAUUGUGAUUGAAGAAGCUCCAGAGGAAAAAGAAGAAAUAUUGAAACGUGACGUUG